AUGGAGAAUUUUUACACACCCAAGGCAAAGGCCAGAGGCUAUAUCAAAGAUGUUAAGUGGCUGAACCAAGAUUGGCGCCUCGUUCAAGCCCAUCCGGUUGAAUAUUUUUCCUUAGAGGUGAAAACAAGUGGGUUACUUCAUUCAGAAGCUGCAAAGGUUCACCGAGCGUUGGAUGAAGACGUGCUUCAGAAAUAUUCACGUUUCUCUCUGAUGACAACUUUGAAGUGCAAGUCGGGGUCCACUUUCGUCAAUUUUAUGGAUGUAGCUGCUGUAGUUCCUCGCAUCGCAAUGCUGAAUGACGCAUUAAAGGAGCUAUUGGGCUGUCUUCGCUGUUGA